AUGAUGAUGCCUCGGGGAGGCACCCCUUCUUUCCCUAUAAAUAUUCGCUUCCUUCUCACUCUCUCCAUUCUUCUCCGCACUUCUCAGGUAUUCUCUCUCUCCUCCUUCUUAUUUCUCUCUGUAGGUGGUUGUUGCAACAUAGAUAGCGAUAUAUCGUCUGACGGGAGGUUAUCUCAUAAACAGAGAGGAAAAGAGAUCGUGGCCUCCUCUAGUCCUUCGAGAGAUACGACCGAGGCACCGCUUGAAGAAUUUGAAUGGAUUCAUCACGACGCGAUGAUGGACACCGGGAAUUUAGAUCUGUCUCAAAGGAUCCUAAUCUUCGAAUCUGCGCGUUCGUAUCGGCAAGAAGUGAGAGGAAAUCCAGAUGAGCGACAGGCUUGCGAGAGAGACGGUUCAGGCGGUGCGAGGGACGGAGCUCUCGCUGUCAAUUACGUGCAGACGUGCUAUUAUCCUGGAGGGAUCUUUGAGGAGCUCCCGGCGUUAGCUUCCGAGUUCCUGCGCUCUCCUGAUGUGAGCGGUCAAGCUUGGGAGAAUGUUACUGAGACUCAGUCAACUCCCAAUAGCGUGAAGAAGCUUCUGAGGGAACGUCAUGGACUAGGGGUAACUUUCUUGAUUCCCUCGGAAAACCAGAGGCCUUGGUCACCACCAGUUGGGUAUCAGUGCGUUUACGAAUCCUAUUUUCGGGACGAUACGAAGCUUUGGUUCCCAAUUCCUCGACUAGUCACAUCGUAUGCGAGGCGCCGAGAUGCAGCGAUAAGUCUGUUUUUGAAUGGUUCGUGGCGUAUCGCGGUGGCCCUGAUGGUUAUGGCCGCUGAAAUUGAUGUCUCGUUGAGCAUUCGUGUCUUCGAGGAGUUGACGUCUGUCAGCUCGUUAGACGACGGGCUUCUGUUGAUAAAAAUGCGUCCCAGCUACAAUGUCAUAGGAAGGCAUCCUAACAAGACGCCGGAUUGGCAAAGAUCUUAUUUCUUUGAUAAAUCCGACCAUCCUACUUCUCGUUACUAUCCAGAAGACUUUCUUACAAGCGCUCACACCGUUGCGGGACUUGCUCAGGAGCAUUGGGGGAAUAUUUCUUUGGAGAGGGUUUACCGUUCGAUCGAUCGUAUUUCCAGGAAAGAUUGGAAUUCGAGUUAUCCUCUUUCUGCCAACAAGACUAAGAGGCGGAUCUCGCUAUUCACAAAGGAAGAGCAGAAGAGAAUCAACGAGGCAAGGAAAAUGAGAGGGCUUCCAGAUCUGAGUGCAAUUAUGACGGUCGAACUUAAUCUGCCGAGUGUCGAACUACCUGCACCUUCUAACGAGAUGGCGAUUGCCGACACCACCGAUGCGAGCCCUCAUCAUCAAGAUUCCUCGGCUGGUACCACUACUUUGGCUCCUAAGAAGAAGAAGGGGGAGAAAAGACCCCGUGACGACCUUCCUGUCAACUCGGAGGAGACGGCUGAACCAUCAUCAAAAAAGAGGAAGAGAGGCAAUCAGCAGCCUCAAGCUGCGGGGAUCGUGAGGCCGCGAGAGACUGAUGUCGCCAACCCCGUGCAUCGGAGUGAAUCAGCUGGUGAGCCGGCUCUCAACUUAGCCUCAUUGGAUGAUCUUGAAGACGCCUCUCCCAAAGUUACGCUGCGGAAGAAGAAGAAAUCCAAAACGGCGGGUGAUCGAGAGACGGUCGCUAGUGCUCUAGUUUCCUCGAUCCCUGGAACAUCAGCCGUCGGUGCUUCGUCUCGGAAGAAGACUCCGAGGGUCGAGUUUCCUGAUCACGUGUCGUUCGAGUACGAUGGUCCCACCCCGCUUAUUUAUGCUCCUUAUAAAUGUGCUGAGUUUGUCAGCCAGAUCAAAUGCGGGCCGAAGCCUCUUCCAUCCGUGUCUGACUUGAUCUUUAAGGACGAGUACGUCGACGCUGCUUGCACUAAAUUACUGAAAUACGACACAGCCUUGAAGGAGACUCGCGAAGCCUUGAGAAAGUUGGAGAAAGUAGUGGCGGCCAAGGGUAAGCUUCUCCGCCGGAAGAAAGCGGAAUGGAGGGAUGAGUUCGUGAGGAUGGCCGAGAAGAGAGAACGAGCGAUUGUUCGGAAGAAGAUUCAGCGGGAGCGAGCUGACGAGGCCGAGGCUGAACACUCCAUCGCUAAUGUGACCACUGCAACUUUGGAGUCUCGGAAGGCCAGUCUGAUGGAAGAGAUGGGGGUCAAAGCCGAAGAACAUAAGAAAGAGUUGGGUUGGCUUAGGGAUUCGCGUAUCUAUGAGGUUACGAAGGAGAGGAUGAGGGUUGAGACCGAGAUGAUCGCGAAAUCCAACAGGCACUUCGGAAAUCUUCGUGAAUGGUGGACUCGCUGCGGCCCUUUCGACACAGCAUGA